ACAAAGAGGGGAGAGGCCAGAUCCGCCGCCUCCUUUUAAACCCAAUACAAUUUCAUUUUCCUCUUCCUCUCUCUGCUCUUUUGCUCUCUCUCGUACCAGGUCCCUCCCUCCGCCUCUCUCUGGUACACACACGCGUCCGGAACCCUAAGAGAGAGAAAAAGAGGGAGAGAGGAACUGUUCCAGACCAGAGAGCAUGGCGCAGGCAACCAACGGCGGUGAUAUGACCACGCAGCAGCAGCAGCCGCAGCCGCAGACGCAGCCGCAACAGCAGCAUCAACAGCAGUGGAUGCAAUCGCAGCAGCAGCAGCAAUGGAUGGCCAUGCAAUACCCGGCAGCGGCUAUGGCCCUGAUGCAGCAGCAGCAGCAGCAGAUGAUGAUGUACAAUUACAUGCCCUACGCUCAUCCUCAUCAUCAACCUCAUCCUCAUCAUUAUCAGCAGCAACACCAGCCGCAAGCUCAAAUACAGCAUCAGAAGCAUCAGCAACAGCAACAGCAACAGCAGCAGCUGGGGUCCGCCGACGAGGUCAAGACGAUCUGGAUCGGUGACCUCCACCAUUGGAUGGACGAGUCUUACCUCCACAACUGCUUUGCUCACACUGGCGAGGUAUUCUCAGUAAAGGUUAUACGCAAUAAGCAGACUGGCCAAUCAGAGGGAUAUGGUUUUGUUGAGUUCUAUUCUCAUUCAACCGCCGAGAAAGUUUUGCAGAGCUAUAAUGGUGCUGUGAUGCCAAAUACAGAGCAGCCCUUCCGUCUAAAUUGGGCAACCUUUAGUGCGGGUGAUAAACGAUCAGAUGUUGGUUCUGAUCUGUCCAUAUUUGUGGGGGAUUUGGCAGCAGAUGUAACUGAUGCCAUGUUGCAGGAAACCUUUGCUAGUAGAUAUCCAUCUGUUAAAGGAGCAAAGGUGGUUAUUGAUUCAAAUACAGGUCGAUCAAAAGGUUAUGGAUUUGUUAGGUUUGGUGAUGAAAGUGAGAGGUCAAGGGCUAUUACUGAAAUGAAUGGCAUGUAUUGUUCCAGUAGACCCAUGCGCUUAGGUGUUGCAACCCCCAAGAAAUCAUCUGGAUAUCAACAGCAGUAUUCUUCCCAAGCUUUGGUGCUGGCAGGUGGGCAUGCAUCAAAUGGUGCUGUCACCCAAGGUUCCCAAUCUGACGGCGAGUCAAAUAACACUACUAUAUUUGUUGGAGGGCUAGACUCUGAUGUCAGUGAUGAAGAUCUUAGACAGCCAUUUUCCCAAUUCGGCGAGAUUGUCUCUGUGAAAAUUCCUGUUGGAAAAGGAUGUGGAUUUGUGCAAUUUGCUAACAGAAAGAAUGCCGAGGAUGCAAUGGAAAGUUUGAGUGGGACAGUCAUUGGCAAGCAAACAGUUCGUCUUUCUUGGGGCCGCAGUCCAGCAGGCAAGCAGUGGAGAGCAGAUUCUAGUAACCAGUGGAAUGGAAGUCAUAACAGAGGGCAAGGCUAUGGUGGGUAUGGAUAUGCUGUACCACAGAAUCAGGGUCUAGGCAUGUAUGCUACAGCCGCAGUUCACGGAGCUUCAUGAUGUGGGUAUAGCUACCAUUAUCAAAAGCAGGGAUUCUGAAUUUACAGGAGUGGCUUUGUUAAUUUAGUUAUCAAAGACAUGAUUGAAGUAGGAUGGCUUUAGCUGCACUUUUGUGGCUGGAUUAAAUUUUGAUAUAUUGCUCUUGUUUUAAGAUUGUAUAAUACUUACUUAUUUGCAACUUUGGGUCUUAGUGGAAGGUCUUGAUGGAUGAAAUAUUUUUUUGGGGGGUUUAGGGAUAGUUCAAAAUCAAACACACGGAGACAAAUGCAGAAUACUUUUGAACUUCUAGUGGCUCAUAUGUCUUUUAAAAUCAUUGUUAUUAGAGUUAUCAAGCUUUGAUAUAUAGGCUUGAGCGAGCAGACUAGGACACGUAAAGGUGAGGAUUUUUUGAACUGAAUAUUGGUGGUUUAGAGGCAAUAGAUGUAGCCGUGCCCCCCCUCCCCCUGCCGCGGCCGCCCAACAGAUGGAACCAUUUCCUGUCUUGUUUUUUUGAGUAGGCUCUAUUGCUUGCACUGUUCUCUAUUAGUUUUUGGGCGAUCUAUGUAUCUAUGUAAGCCUGUUUAUGGCAUAAAGAGCAAAUCUUAGGUGUUGCAGGGGUGACAAGUGUAUGGAAAAAUAUAUAUUCUUUUUCGAACU